AUGAUCUUGAUCGACCUCCCUCCCGAGCUGAUCCAUCUCAUAGCAGAUCACUUGAAUGUCAAGGACCUUUCAGCUUUUAUUCUGACCUCAUGCCACCUUGCUAGCCUCUUAGAUCCUAUACUACAGGACCGGGCCCUGACAUAUCGCUGCUCGACCAGCUUCCAUAGCGACCUGUCGGUAUUCGAGUUAGCAGCCGGCCGUGGAAAGGAAGAUACCCUUCAAAAACUUCUCAUGCAUGCCCAGAGAAGAGGAUUGGAAAUUCCCCAGGGAGCCAGGGAUCGUGCGUUGUACUUCGCUGCCUGCAAUGAUGAUGAUGACCUCCUCGAGUUCCUGGUCAAGGUCGCUAGGGCUGACAUGUCUGCCAUAAUAUCUAACGGGCGAUCGAAGGCAGUAGCCGGGACACCAUUGCAUUGGGCAGUAAAAGAAGGGAACGAAGCUGCUGUUCAAAAGUUGAUUCAGCUUGGGGCAAACGUCAACGCUGUCGACGAGCGUCAACUCUCUGUUUUACAUCUUGCUGUCGCAGCGGAAGACCACAACUUAUCAACCGCAAUCGCCAAACUGUUAUUGGAGAAUGGAGCAAUGACCGAGGCCAAAUGCCCGUACGGAGAAACGCCAUUACACAAGGCCGCGGCUUUUCUGAACACAAUGGCCCUGAAGCUACUGCUGGAUUACGGAGCUGAUAUCAUGGCUCGAGAUAACGAGGGCACGACGGCCCUUCAUUACGCAAUUGAGUGUGACGACUUCGAAUCGGUUGUUCUUCUUGUUAAAAGGGGAAGUGAUCUCGACGCCACCGACAACGCUGGGCGUUCAGCCAGAGAAUUGGCAUUGCUAUGUUUCCAAGGAUGUGGUAAUUGUGAGCUUUGUGAGUUUAUACAGUCCCAUUGUGAUGUGAAGGACGAUACGAAACACUAG